AUGUCCUCGCUAAUCACGGCAGCCCUCGUGCUGCCACUCGGCUCAAUAGCUCUCCUCUUGCCGCCAUUGCUACAACUCGAAGCAUCGGGACUCAGCAAACCCAACUGGCCACCAUUCGAGUUUCUCUCGCUGCUUUUUCUGGAAUGGCAACCUUCACUUCUCACCCGAAUCCUCAACGUCUUUGUCUCUCCUCAUCAACGAGAGGCGAUCGUAUACUAUGAUGAUGCCUUCCCCGGUCUUUUUGCUGCUAUUGGUCUCUCCCUGGUUGGAUUUUGGGCUACGAGUAUUGCGAUUUGCAACACCAAAAACGUCUUUCACGCAAGAGGAUUCAAAGGUCGUGAUCUGCUCAAAAACAGCGCGGAACUCAUUCCCGAAUCGCUUGGCUUACCCGCAGCAGCAGUAUACAUGGCACUUUUAUUCCUCUUCAUCCCCUUGCGCUACUUUUCCUCUCGUCUUCAAGGCGUGGACAGCAGCGGUGAUGAUUGGGAAGGAAGAAUGGACGGAAGAGGUGGAUUUCCGCAUCACGAACUAGCAAGUUUCCUUUCGGCCCUGCUAUCCUUCUCUUCGGCAAUCAUCCUAGGUUUCCUCGACGACGUUUUCGAUAUCAGAUGGAGGUAUAAGCUUCCAAUCCCUAUCAUCUCGAGCAUUCCUUUGUUGAUGGUCUACUAUGCAGGUGGAGGUGGCACUUCGGUUGUGGUUCCUGGUUGGCCGAGUUUCCUUCGCUCUUGGUUGCGCAGUUCGAUCGUUGAACUUGGCCCUCUUUACUACAUCUAUAUGUCCUUGCUCUCCACUUUUUGCACCAACAGCAUCAACAUCUUGGCUGGUAUCAAUGGCGUCGAGGUUGGUCAGGCACUGGUCAUUUGCAUCUCGCUUUGUCUUAAUGAUCUUCUUUACCUCGACAGUCGCGCUGGUAUGCCUGGUUCUCGAUCUAGUAAAGAGUUGCUUCGACGACAUCUUUUCAGCCUUUAUCUCCUUUUGCCGCUUAUGGGCGUCUGUCUUGCAUUGCUCAAAUGGAACAGAUAUCCAGCAAGGGUUUUUGUAGGAGACACUUUCUGUUAUUUCGCAGGUAUCGUCUUUUCUACAGUAGCUAUCCUUGGUCACUUUAGCAAAACUGUUUUACUUUUCUUUCUUCCUCAGAUCUUCAACUUCCUUCUCAGUUGUCCGCAACUUUUUGGUCUGCUUCCAAAUCCUAGACAUCGCAUGCCCAAAUACGAUGCUAUCAGCAACUCUCUCUAUCCAUCCAUCCAAUACCUCCCAUCAGACCCACCAAAACCCGAUACAGCUUCCUCGCCAACAUCCACUCGACCUCCACCCCCACCAAGUCGCAUUACAACACUCAUAUUGCAAACCCUUGCAACACUUCGACUUGUUCAACUCGACUAUCAUCCAACGCAAAACAUCACUGCAAGAGGCAAGAUGAAAAGUACUACCAACCUGACAUUGCUCAAUGCAAUUCUAGUGUUGAGAGGCGUAAGGCAUAAAGAUUCAAGUAACCUUUUAGAGGGAGAGAAUCCUUUUACUGGUCCAUGUAUUACUGAGUAUGCUUUGUGGAUGCAUACUAUGCUUUUCCAGAUUGCUGCUUCUUGUUUGGCUUUUGCACUUAGAUAUUACCUUGCUUCUCUUGUGUUUCCUUAG